UUUGCUCUUUCUUAUUAAAUCGAUGUGGGUAGAAUAAUGCCCGAGCGGUAGAGCUGUGGGAAAAAGUGUAAUCCGGGAGUUGUCCGCCUCCACAGAAGCAGUCCGCGUUCUAAACGCACUUUGGACUCGGUCUCUGUGCAUGGAGCUCUGUUGCUGUCCACACUUCGAAUAGGAUAGGAAAGAGGUUGAGUGAGAGAAGGUGAGUGAAAGCGAGAGAGAGGGGGGGAAAUAAUCAGGAAGAAGUCUCAGUGCACCUUUUAGUUCUCCGAUAUGCAGAUUUGCUGAUAAAACAUCAGUUAUCUGUUCAUCACAUACAGGUCGUGGAAAACUGCGAGUGCAUGGGAAUCUUUAACUCGUUUUUUCUUCACCGGGGUAUCUCGCCUUGAUUUCGUAUAAAACCCAGCACGAAUGUGAGCUGUAAUACUAGGCUACUGACGGCUCUAGCGGCUCCUUAUUGGCAUUUUCACGUCUAGGCUACUUCAACUACUAUUGCUGACUUCUGCCUGUGGAUCUUACCGUUAUAUAUUGUGAAAGGUUUAGGAAGCAGAGGAAGCUUACCACUCCAGAAUCAUGGGACACUUUCAGCUCUCCCCCAUGCUCUCCCUUGGCCUUCGGCUUGUGGUUGUCGUAGCAAUCAUGUUUCUCAAAUUUCAACAUGUGACGGCUAUGUCCUCGGACGUGGACCAGUUUGUGUCUCCAACUGCCAGCGGCAAUGUUACUGUGUGCACCACAGCAGGCACAGCAUGCGAAAAAGGGGUGAUUCUGCCUAUCUGGGAACCUCAGAAUCCCUCGUUUGGGGACAAAGUGGCACGGGCGACAGUCUAUUUCGUGGCCCUGGUGUACAUGUUCCUGGGUGUGUCCAUCAUCGCUGACCGUUUCAUGGCGUCCAUCGAGGUCAUCACCUCUCAGGAGAAAGAGAUCACCAUCAAGAGACCCAACGGAGAGACUACCACCACCACCGUGCGGAUCUGGAACGAGACAGUGUCCAAUCUCACGCUCAUGGCCCUGGGUUCGAGUGCCCCUGAGAUCCUACUGUCCGUGAUUGAGGUUUGCGGCCACGGUUUUGAUGCAGGAGCCUUGGGUCCUAGCACCAUUGUGGGCAGCGCCGCCUUCAACAUGUUUGUCAUCAUUGGCAUCUGUGUGUACGUGGUGCCCGACGGGGAGGUCCGUAAGGUCAAGCACCUGCGUGUCUUCUUCGUCACAGCCACCUGGAGCAUCUUCGCCUACAUCUGGCUCUACCUGAUCCUGGCUGUCAUCUCCCCUGGCAUAGUGCAGGUGUGGGAGGGCCUGCUCACCCUCUUCUUCUUCCCCAUCUGCGUGUUGUUCGCCUGGGUUGCUGACCGACGCCUGCUCUUCUACAAGUACGUCUACAAGCGCUACCGUACCGGCAAGCAGCGGGGCAUGAUCAUUGAAACCGAGGGUGACCGCCCGCUCCCGUCCAAAGUCGACAUUGAGAUGGACGGAAAGAUGCUCAACUCUCACGCGGCGGACUUCCUGGACGGGCCUCUGGGGCUGGAGCAGAACGUGAAGGACCUGGAUGAGGAGGAGACCCGGCGCGACAUGGCCAAGAUCCUCAAGGAGCUGAAGCAGAAGCACCCAGACAAGGAGAUGGAGCAGCUGAUUGAACUGGCCAACUACCAGGUUUUGAGUUCGCAGCAGAAGAGCAGGGCCUUCUACCGCUGCCAGGCCACCAGGCUCAUGACCGGCGCUGGGAACAUCCUGAAGAAGCAUGCGGCCGACCAGGCCCGCAAGGCCGUCAGCUUGCAGGAGGUUCGCUCCGAUGUGGCCGAAAACGACCCCAUUUCUAAGAUCUACUUUGACCCCGGCUCCUACCAGUGCCUUGAGAACUGCGGCACAGUGGCAGUUAAUGUGCUACGGCGAGGUGGUGACCUGACCAAGACAGUGUCCGUGGAGUUCCGUACGGAGGAUGGAUCAGCCAACGCGGGCUCGGACUACGAGUUCACCGAGGGGGUGGUGGUGUUCAAGCCCGGCGAGACCCAGAAGGAGAUCCGUGUGGGCAUCAUUGAUGAUGACAUCUUUGAGGAGGACGAGAACUUCCUGAUCCACCUGAGCAACGUCAAAGUGCUGCUGGCAGAGGGGGAGGAGGUAGAGAACCCAGAGACCAAUCACGUGGAGGCGGUGGCCUGUCUCGGCCUGCCUGCCACGGCAACUGUGACCAUCUUUGACGACGACCAUGCCGGCAUCUUCAUGUUCGAGGAGCCGGUGGCACACGUGAGUGAGAGUGUGGGCACCAUGGAGGUGAAGGUGCUGCGUACGUCAGGGGCACGUGGGGUCGUCAUGGUGCCCUACAAGACUGUGGAGGGCACGGCACGCGGAGGAGGAGAGGAUUUCGAAGAUACCCACGGGGUCCUGGAGUUCCAGAACGAUGAAAUCUUCAAAAUGAUCAAGGUCAGAAUCGUUGACGACGAGGAGUAUGAGAAAAACAAGACCUUCUACUUGGAGAUGGGAGAGCCUCGCCUGAUGGAGACCAAUGACAGUAAAGCUACAGAGGUGGCUGUGAAGGAGGUGGAAGAGGAGACGCCACUGACAGAAGUGGAUGAUGAGGACCAACGCAUCGCUGAUAUGGGCCGACCCACGCUGGGGGACCACGUCAAACUUGAAAUCAUCAUUGAGGAAUCCUACGAGUUUAAGAACACUGUGGACAAGCUGAUUAAGAAGACAAACCUGGCCCUGCUGGUGGGGACUAACAGCUGGAGAGACCAGUUCAUCGAGGCCAUCACUGUCAGUGCCGGUGAGGAUGACGAGGAUGAAGAAUGCGGCGAGGAGAAGCUGCCGUCCUGCUUCGACUACGUCAUGCACUUCCUCACCGUCUUCUGGAAGGUUCUGUUUGCGUUCGUGCCCCCGACAGACUACUGGAACGGCUGGGCCUGCUUCGUGGUGUCCAUCUGCAUGAUCGGCCUGCUCACAGCCUUCAUCGGGGACCUGGCCUCCCACUUCGGCUGCACCGUGGGCCUCAAGGACUCUGUCACCGCCGUGGUGUUCGUUGCCCUGGGGACCUCUGUGCCAGACACCUUUGCCAGUAAGGUGGCAGCCAUCCAGGACCAGUAUGCUGACGCAUCCAUCGGCAACGUGACGGGCAGCAACGCGGUCAAUGUGUUCCUGGGCAUCGGCGUGGCCUGGUCCAUGGCUGCCAUCUACCACAACUCCAAGGGCAACGACUUCAAGGUAGACCCGGGGAGCCUGGCCUUCUCCGUCACUCUCUUCACCAUCUUCGCCUUCAUCUGCGUGGGGGUGCUGAUGUACCGGAGGCGACCUUCGAUCGGCGGCGAGCUGGGAGGUCCGCGGACUCCCAAGAUACUGACCACCAUGCUGUUUGUCAGCCUGUGGCUGCUGUACAUUCUGUUCUCCUCGCUGGAGGCCUACUGCCACUUCAAGGCCUUCUAAACAGCAUCAGACUUAAGAAGGCCCAAGAAGAGCUAACCAGAGACAAGAAGGAGGUAACAGCAGUAGUGAAAAACAUUUUCCUCUUGUCAUUAAUAACCCCCCUUUCCCCCAUCCCCCUUUUAAGAAGUGAAAGAUCUGCCCCCCCUCCUCUGUCCCCAUGGUCUAGUGCUUAGUGGAUGAAACUGGUUGUUCAUGCGAGGAGAGGCCUGUCAAGGCUAGGAUAGACAUCCCUCUGAAGUCUGUAGAAUGGCAGUUGUGUGUGUGUGUGUGUGUUCGUGGGAGUGUGUGCGCGCGGGUGCGUGUGUGUUUGUGGGAGCGUGUGCGCGUGUGUGUUUGUGAGUGCGUGUGGGUGCGUGGGCGUGUGUGUGUUUGUGAGUGCGUGUACGUGUGCGUU